CCGCGCUCGAAUUUAUCAGUGUUGCCGUUCAGCCAGGCGCUACGCGUUUCGGAACGGCGUGGCUAAUAUCUAAGGUAUUUGGAUCGUGUGGAUUGUGAUCCUAGUGACGUCACUAGUUGUGGAGAGUGCAGUGGUUAACAAGUGCAGUGAUGAGGCCCCCGUCGGAUUACAAUGAUGCCCGGAUGCCCGCGGAAGCUGAGGAGCCAGACCGUAGGGCUCCAGCUAUGAUGAUCUGUGCUAGACUCGCAGGGCGGGCCAUCAUCAGGGUCGUGGGCCGGUGUGAGGAUGCUCAGGAGAACAGUCAACUAGAUUUGUCUGAAUGUCAACUGAUGCAAGUACCUGAUGCUGUGUACCAUUUGAUGAGACACACAGAACUGAAGACUUGUGAUCUUAGUGGAAAUGUUAUAACUAAAAUACCUCCAAAGUUUACUGUCAAAUUUAGUCUUAUUACAGAUUUAAACCUGUCAAAUAAUCAAAUAGCAAAACUACCAGACGAGCUAUGUGCACUCACUUGUUUGCAGAGGCUAGAUGUAUCUCACAACAGCUUUGUAGCCCUCCCCCAUAUAGCCUGCCAGUGUCCGAGCCUUCACACAUUACUUGCUCACCACAAUCAGAUUAUUGAGGUUGAUGUCACCAGAUUAUCAAGAUCUCGAGCACUGGAGUAUGUGGACCUCAGUGACAACCCCAUACCUCCACGAACAUAUGAAGAAUUGCAGCAGAUCACCCAGCCGAGGAUAUCAAUGUCAGAGAGACAGAAAGAAGAUUGGGAAGAAGAUCUCAUAUUAUAAAACUGCAUUAUCUAGUGUAGUGCUAAACUUUGGGACUGUUGCAAUGUAUUUUUUUGCUACAAGUAAAGUACUUGGCACAAGCAACUUUUGUACAUCAGCACUAUAAUUUUGGUGCUCAACUAUUAUAAGCUAAAAUGUGAUAGCUGUUUAAGACUAUUAAUACAAUGAAUAAAGAAAUGUACUUAUUACCUAGACAAUAAGUUAUUAAUAUUAGAAAAUAUACAGUAGUAGUUAUGAAAUUGGAUGAUGAAUCAAUGUAGAGCAAUAUUUUUAUUAACUGAUCAUGAUUCAUCAUCACAAUGGCAAUAAUAAUUGAGAAGUUGAUAAUUUUGAUUAUUGAAUUCUUUGGUUUGGCGAAAGUUCCAAAAAUGUUGCUUAUAUAGGAUUUAAAAAAAUACUGUAUGACUGACGAAUCAGCCUGGGCAUCUACUACUUUGUUGCCUGCAUUUACAAUACCUGUUACGCUCAAUAUCAUCAAACUUAUAUACUGUCUGGUAACAUAUCUCUGGACUUAAUGUCAAUAAUGACACAUCUCUUUGUUAUAAUGUGCAAAAGAAGCAUCACUAGGAUAUUAUUAUUGAUAAAUAACUAUUUAUUUUUCAGUAUUAUAGAUUAUUGUAAAGGUGUUGUGUUGUGAUGCUGAUUAUUUUUAUUAUAAUGAUAAAAAAUCAAUUUAAAUCAUUGGGUUAAGUAAAAAUACGGAUUUAUUUUUCUGGUCGUACUAUAAUUAUAGUGACACAGUACAAGAGAAACUACAAAACUAUUAACACAGUUAAAAAGCAUUGAUACCACAAAAAUAUCAUGACAUGCACCCAACGGUAAUGAAACUGCAAACCAUACUGAUAUAACAGGAUUAGCGAGAGGGGAUGAAAGGGGAACGGGAGGGAGCUUCACGUCCCAGGGAGGUCCAGAGAUAAUGUGGCCAAGUAAUAUCUUGUGAUUUGCACAAAUUCUGUGGUAUUACACAUAAUUAUUAUUAAUGCAGCUUUGUGAGAUGAUCUAUCUAGAGAUUAGAAAAAAUUUGGAGAACAAAGCCCCACAAUAUAACGAAUUUGAUCUGAUGUGUCGUCAAAUCGGUAAUUGUUUUGCAAAACGACAAUGAGAAGCUAGUCUUAUUAUUAGUUUUAAGUGAUAAUGAUAUAUCAUAACAUAGAGUAUUUUUUCUAUUGUAUUACCUGCAAUACUUAUCUGAGUUGUUUUUGUAUUAUAAAUUUAAUGUGAGGCUUUAAAAAAUUUUGAUGAAACUUAAAAAUAUAUUAUGUAAUUUGGUAA